AUGUCGAUAAACCACGAGCAACUAAUAACAGCUGAUUAUGCUUCAAGUCUACGACGGCAAACAACAGCAUUUUCAACCUUGGAAGACUCUAACGAGAAAUUUAAUUUUGAAGAUUUUCUGAUUAUUUUGUUAGAUACAAGCCACAGUCAUAAUGGGUACAGCUGCUUUGACAGUUUAUCACAGCUUCGUCGCAUUGUUGAUGUUUCCAGAAUAUUUGAUAAUGUACAGAAAUGUUACAAUUAUCUAUUAUCUGUUAAAAAUGAAAAGAUGUUUUUGAUCAUGGCCAAUAGUCGUAUCGACGAUAAAAUUUGGCGUCAUAUUUUCAUACUAUCACAAAUUGUACGUAUUUAUAUUCUUGAUACAAAUAUUACAUUGAACAAUAUUCUAUAUUCUUCUGUGAAAUUGAAAACAGAUCUCAAAAACCAUCAAAAAAUAUAUUAUUUUACUUGCAAACAACUAUUUUUGGCCAAGGUGCAACAGAUUGGCUCGUCCAAAAUUAUAGUCUGCCUUGACUUCAUCGAUGAUGAUAUCUUAAAACUACAUUCAUCUAACCGAGGAUUUUGCACAAUCGAUGAAUGUCUCGCUUAUAUUAUGGUAGUUGAGUCAAGCAAUGUUAUUUUGAUCGGUCUAUCUACAUGUGACAAUCUGCUAAAAUAUAUACACCGAGACAGGUAUGCGCUUAUGUUACCAUCCUUGAAUAGUAUUUAUAUACUCGACAUAUGCGAUAUAAAUAUUAGUCAAGAAAUUGAUUACUUUAUUAAUAAUGGUGACUUUUUCCUUACACUGAUUCAAGAUAUUGCGCCACGUACACAACAACGAUUGAUAUUCUCGUCAGAUAACAAAGAAAUGUCAUUACGAAGUUUAUAA